GCACCGAACACAAACAAGAGGCGCUGCUGCUGCUGCGUUUUUUUUCUUCUUUCUUUCCCGGGACCCUGGAUAUCAGAGAGCGGGGUCUGACCGAGGGAAGCCGCCCGGUUGUUGUGGCGCACGGAGGGAGACCGGUUCAUUUACGGGGCUUGACAGGAGUCCACCCGGCGGCGGCGGGCGCAAAAACGGGACAACCGACCGGCCGUCAGCCGUUAGGGACAAACUGCAACCGGACGGGAUUUGUGUCUCUGAUAAUUCCCCCCCACCCCCUCACGAAAAAUCCCUCCGUGGAGUCGCGCGCGCGGACUUGGGGGGAGAUCCGUGCUCUCUUCUCUGGGAUUUGUAUUCGGCUUCCUUUCCCCGGUGUUGAUACCGCCUCGCGAGGCCGAGUCCACUGCGCUGAAGUUCGGUGUGUUCGUCCCCCACAGUGGACCGCCAUGCAGGCGGUGCUUUUGAAUUACGUUUUCAAACUGAGCGCAGCCGACUAGACACUGACCCGCUCCUCGGGGGGUUCGGGGGUUCCGAUCGACCCAGAGCUGCAAGAAGAUGCCAAAUGUCCAAAUGUUCCCGCUGUGCUUGGAUUUACCACCUUUCCUUUCAAUUUGAAUGUGCCCCUCAGUUUCUAUCUCCGCUGGCUGAAAACCAACACGGCUCGACAAUAGUUUUUAUUUUAUUUAUGUUUUAUUGUUGUUGACAAUAACCUCGUGUCGUAUGAUGUAUGAGAGCGUGGACGUUGUGGGACUGACUCCCAGCCCCAACCCGUUUCUAAUGAUGGAUUACUACAACCAGAGCAGAGGAUGCUUGAUCCCAGAGAAAGGACUGGUGCCUGGCGCGCCGCAUCCCUACAGCACGUCCAUCCGGAACCAGCACUGGACCGGCUCCAACCACUCGAUAGAGACCCAGAGUACCAGCUCGGAGGAGAUAGUGCCGAGCCCGCCGUCGCCUCCGCCGCCGCCCCGCGUCUACAAGCCCUGCUUCGUGUGCCAGGACAAGUCCUCGGGGUACCACUACGGCGUCAGCGCCUGUGAGGGCUGCAAGGGCUUUUUCCGGAGAAGCAUCCAGAAGAACAUGGUGUACACUUGUCACCGAGAGAAGAACUGCAUCAUCAACAAAGUCACCCGCAACCGCUGCCAGUACUGUCGGCUACAGAAGUGCCUGGAAGUCGGCAUGUCCAAGGAGUCAGUAAGGAACGACCGGAAUAAGAAGAAAAAGGACGAGAAGAAACAGGAGUGCACGGAGAGCUACGUGCUGAGUCCCGACACGGAGCGGAUGAUCGACCGGGUCCGGAAGGCGCACAAGGAAACGUUCCCCUCGCUCUGCCAGCUGGGCAAAUACACUACGACGAACAGCUCAGAACGACGAGUGUCCUUGGACCACGACUUGUGGGACAAGUUCAGUGAACUCUCCACCAAGUGCAUCAUCAAGACGGUGGAGUUCGCCAAGCAGCUGCCCGGUUUCACCACGCUCACCAUCGCUGACCAGAUCACUCUGCUCAAAGCCGCCUGUCUGGACAUCUUGAUACUCCGGAUCUGUACGCGCUACACGCCGGAGCAAGACACCAUGACUUUCUCAGACGGACUCACGCUAAACCGAACCCAGAUGCACAACGCCGGCUUCGGCCCGCUCACCGACCUGGUUUUUGCCUUUGCCAACCAGCUCCUUCCUCUGGAGAUGGACGAUGCCGAGACGGGGCUGCUCAGCGCCAUCUGUCUGCUGUGUGGAGAUCGUCAGGACUUGGAACAGGCAGAGAAGGUGGAUGUCCUGCAGGAGCCCCUCCUGGAGGCGUUGAAGAUUUACGUAAGGAGGAGGCGGCCCCACAAACCGCACAUGUUCCCCAAGAUGCUGAUGAAGAUCACGGAUCUGAGAAGCAUCAGCGCUAAAGGAGCCGAGCGCGUCAUCACCUUGAAGAUGGAGAUCCCCGGCUCCAUGCCCCCUCUCAUCCAGGAGAUGCUGGAGAACUCUGAGGGCUUGGAAAGCGGCGCCGCAGGCGGCCGGCCCAGCGGCGCCCCCCCGGGCAGCUGCAGCCCCAGUCUGUCCCCAAGCUCGGCGCAAAGCAGUCCAGCCACACAAUCGCCGUAGUAGCGGCACCCACCUUUUUUAUUAUUCCUCACAAAGGGGGGCAAAGGAGGCGGGCGUGGGGGAGGGUGCCUUGCACCCUGACUGAUGUACACGGGAGACUAGCAGAGCCAUCCUCCUCCUCCUCCUCCUCUCUUACGACACAAGUCCCCACCUCCUGCUUUCUCUCACUCCGGAGCACCUUUCCAGAUGUGAAGGGGGGGGGGUACGGGGGGGGGCAACAGAACGCCUGAGAGACCACACCGUAAACACUGCUGAUGACUCCUCCCGCAUCUCUCUCCACUGCUGCUCCUCCCCUCUCCACCUUUCCCCCAAGAGACUUAUGGAAAUGAAUGUGGAUGCAGUGGUGACCAGUCUCCAAUGGAACUGGGAGUGGGCGGGGCUUCGUGGGACAAAUAUAUGAUCAAGACGGACUUGACAAACACCAGACACUUUUUUUGUUGUUGUUGUACUCUGGAGGCAGACUGCAAGCUCGGGACUUGUCGAAAAAGACCCCCCUCCUCAAAGACUCUGGGUCUUUUCUCUUUUUCCAACUUAAAAAACAAACAGAUUUCGUACAAAGGAUAUAUAAAUAUAUAUAGAAAGUUAAGGAAUUAUUGUGAUUGACAUGUGCAGAACCGAGUGGCAAGGUUGAAAUGAGGAUGUGUUUUCUGAGAUUAGAAAUUGUUGUAUUCCUCCACCGUUUAAAUCUUUUCAUACCCAUCGAGAGUAUUGAGAGACCUUUUUCAGUUGGAUCACAUUUGUACAUUAUUCCAAUUAACAAAAAGCUAAAUAUGUUGAAAUUUCUCUCCAGUCUACACACGCAAACACAAACAAACACCACACACACACACACACACAUGUGCACAGAAAACAAGUCGCAAUGAGUAUCACCUAAUAUUCCAGGUUGGAUUUGUUUUCCUUUUUUUGUUUUUCUUUUGCUUCCAAGAGAAUGGAGAAAAAAAAUGAUUGUAUGAACUUGGUUGUAUGAUAUGGUCACAGGUCCUUUCAAGAAAACAAAUGAAUGAAGAUUCAUUAUUAUUACGGUGUAUUUUAAGUAGCCUUUUGAGUUUGUGUAUAUAAGCUUUAUUCAUUUCUUUAAAACUAUGAAGAGUUUUAGGCUUCACCUGAAUUAUUAUUUUUUUUUUUAAAGAUGCCCUUUUUAUGUGUUUUUUGUUUAUAGGUUUUGUGAUGCAAGAAAAUACAUUUUGAGCACAUUUUACUGAAGGAAGUUCUUUCAUGUUUUGUGUCCCACUAAAUACUGGACAGACCCUUAACCAAUCACUGGCUGUUCGGAAUGUGGCUUUCACAGACAAUUUCAACCCCCCUCCCCCCUCCCCCUCUCCUUCACUUUUACAAACGUGUUUUUACAUGCAGUAGAAUGACAACGUAGCACUCCAGUCGGGGCAUAGCUUUUUUGGCCAUGUAGCAGAAAAGAGAUGGUGUUUUCUGAAAAUGGUGAGCAAAGAUGGCCGCUUGUAGCCAUGCCGGGUUCAAGUGAGCCGCGGCAGCUCGGCCUCAAAGAGAAUUAAAAUGUGAAGAAGGGUGUACAUACGCACUGUGUUACACACAAUGGAUCAAUAAUUUGUGGUGAAUGGGGGUGAAUACUAGAUUGUAGUGAUGCCUCUGCUCUGUCAGUGGUCAGGCAAGUGAAGGUCCCAAAUGUGAUGUUUGUCAACUAGGUCCUCACAAAUAUCCCCAUGGCAACCUGUGGUAGAAAAAAACAAAUAUGUGACUUUUAGCCGGAUCCAGAGCGACCUCGCACCCUGUGACUCACUUUACGCCAAAACGCCUUCACCGUUAACACACACACACACACACACUUCGUCUAGACCAUCGUUACUGUACACACGCCAAUGUCUCAGGAAGGAAUCAUUUUGUGUGCCUGGCCUGUUCGCUGCCCUGUGCUGCACCCCCUAAACCCUUCACAGAUUUACACACACACACACACACACACACACACACACACACACACACACACACACACACACACACACACACCUGCUACUGAGCCCCUGAACUAUUCUUCACUUGUUUUAUUUUUGUUGUUUUUUUGUGCAGAGAGACACUUACCCCCGACCCUGCAGCGUUACGACAUAGGAUGCCAGUGUGGAGUCUCUUCAAGUCGUUCAUGUUUCUUUUUAUUUGUAUGGUCAAAAGCUGCUUUCAUCAUUUGAGGACUUCACUGGUCUACAACAGCGCACAACAUUUGUUUCCCUCCACAGCUAAUCUGGAAUAGCAACGGACACACACACACACAUCAGUCAGUUUUGAGAAUUAUGGAAUAUGUUGCAAUUUUGUCAAGAUUAUCAAGUGACUUCAGAAAAAAAAAGAAAACCAAAAAAAAAGAUAAAAUAAAUAAAAAACAACAUUUAUUAUUAAAUGA